CCCAGUGCCCCCUCUACCAACACGUCUCACCAUACCCCUUGCCCCUCUUCCAGCACAGGGCUGGAGCAGCUGACGGGGUAAUUCCAGUAGGAAUCGAAGGAUUUGGAGGCGUCGGGGGAGAAACCUGCGGAGGGCUCUGCGAGCCUGAGGGUCCCAGGAAGACUCUGAGCGGGGCAGGGGGAGGUUCUGUAGGACCUGGGGGUGGACACCUAGGUCUCCUUCCCUUGGUGAAAUCAGAACUGAAUAUCUGAAAAAAAAAAAAAAAAUUGAAAACAGAGAAGCAACAAAGAAGCGCUUCUCCUCCUCAGUCCUCCCUAGUCCACCCAAAGUUGACCAAGCCUGUUGCCUUUGCAGGAGGGGCUUUGCGCUCCACACAACGAUGAGAUUGGGCUGUCCCUCUGUCUCCUGCGCGAAACCCCGCCCCGGGAGGUGUCAUGGAGCUCAGCUGAUAUAAGCCCCGGACCUGCGGUGUCAAGUUCUCUGCUCUGGACUUGGGAGGCUCCGUUUCCUGCUCCUGGAGGGAGACGCGCUGCAGAGGAGAACCCCGGCGGGUAAUGAGUCCCCCGCGCUUCUUUGCGCAGGUCUUCCCCAAACCUCCCCAGGAGAACAUUUCAGGAUAGGAAUAGGCCAAGUCCUGAGAAGAUGAGUCUUAGGAUUGAUUUGGAUACAAACUUUCCUGAGUGUGUUGUAGAUGCAGGAAAAGUCACCCUUGGGACUCAGCAGAGGCAGGAGAUGGACCCUCGCCUGCGGGAGAAACAGAAUGAAAUCAUCCUGCAGGCAGUGUGUGCUCUGCUGAAUUCUGGUGGGGGCGUAAUCAAGGCUGAGAUUGAAAACAAAGGCUACAAUUAUGAGACUCAUGGAUUAGGAUUGGAUGUGCCUCCAAUUUUCAGAAGAUAUUUAGAUGCAAUGCAGAAGGAAAACUACUUUUUGAUGUUUGUGAAAUCAUGGGACAUGGAGGAUGGCGUGCCACUUGCUACCUUAUGCUCCAAUUUGUACCACAGACAGAGAACAUCCACUGAUAUCAUGGAUUCUCAGGAAGCUCUGGCAUUCCUCAAAAGGAGGACUCAGACUCCUAUGAAUAUUAAUGUUUCCAAUUCAUUAAGUCCACAGGCAGCUCAGGGUAGUUUACAACAUGAAGGCAACAUAAAUGCCUCAGCUGCUGCUUUAUUUGAUAGAAAGCGGCUUCAGUACCUGGAAAAACUCAACUUUCCUGAGUCUACACAUGUUGAAUUUGUGAUGUUCUCGACAGACGUGUCACACUGUGUUAAAGACAGACUUCCGAAGUGUGUUUCUGCAUUUGCAAAUACUGAAGGAGGAUGUGUAUUUUUUGGUGUGCACGAUGCGACUUGUCAAGUGAUUGGAUGUGAAAAAGAGAAAAUAGACCUUACCAGCUUGAGGACUUCUAUUGAUAGCUGUAUUAAGAAGUUACCUGUCCAUCAUUUCUGCACACAGAGGCCUGAGAUACAAUAUGUCGUUAACUUUCUUGAAGUACAUGAUAAGGGGGCUCUCCAUGGAUAUGUCUGUGCAAUCAAGGUGGAGCGAUUCUGCUGUGCAGUGUUUGCCAAAGUGCCCAGUUCCUGGCAGGUGAAAGACAACCGUGUGAGACAGUUGCUCACAAGAGAAUGGACUGCUUGGAUGAUGAAAGCCGACCCAGAUCUUUCCAGGUGUCCUGAGAUGGUCCUUGCGCUGAGUUUGUCAUCUGCCACACCCCUCAGCAACACCGUGUGCAUUCAUAAGAAUCUGGAAGGUCUGAAAGAGCAGCAGAAACGCUACUUUCCAGUAUUUUCAGACAGAGUGGUGUAUACUCCAGAAAGCCUCUACAGGGAGCUCUUCUCACAACAUAAAGGACUCAGAGACUUAAUAAAUACAGAAAUGCGCCCUUUUUCUCAAGGAAUAUUGAUUUUUUCUCGAAGUUGGGCUGUGGACUUAGGUCUGAAAGAGAAGCAGGGGGUCAUCUGUGAUGCUCUUCUAAUUUCCCAGAACAACACCCCUAUUCUCUAUACCAUCUUCAACGAGUGGGAUGCAGGGUGCAAGGGCUAUUCUAUGAUAGUUGCCUAUUCUUUGAAGCAGAGGCUGGUGAACAUAGGUGGUUACACUGGGAGAUUAUGCAUCACUCCCUUGGUCUGUGUGCUGAAUUCUGAUAGAAGCUCACAAGGCGUUUACAGUUCAUAUUUACAAAUUUACCCCGAAUCCUAUAACGUCAUGAAACCCUUGCACAUGGAAGCCCUGUUACAGUCCCUCGUGAUAGUCUUGCUUGGGUUCAAAUCCUUCUUAAGUGAAGAGUUGGGCUCUGAGGUUUUGAACCUACUGACAGAUAAACAGUAUCAAUUGCUUUCAAAGAACCUUCGCAAGGCCAGAGAGUUGUUUGUUCAUGGCUUACCUGGAUCAGGGAAGACUAUCUUGGCUCUUAGGAUCAUGGAGAAGAUCAAGAAUGUGUUUCGCUGUGAACCGGAUAACAUUCUCUACAUCUGUGAAAACCAGCCCCUGAGGAAGUUGGUGAGUUGCAGCACGAAAAAGAUCUGCCAGGCAGUGACCCGGAAAACCUUCAUGAAAAACGGCUUUGAACACAUCCAGCACAUUGUCAUUGAUGAAGCUCAGAAUUUCCGCACUGAAGAUGGGGACUGGUAUUCAAAGGCAAAGUUCAUCACUCAGACAGCAAGGGAUGGCCCAGGAAUUCUCUGGAUCUUUCUGGACUACUUUCAGACCAAUCACUUGAGUUGCAGUGGCCUCCCCCCUCCCUCAGACCAGUUUCCAAGAGAAGAGAUCACCAGAGUGGUCCGCAAUGCAGUUCCAAUUGCCAAUUACCUACAACAUGUAAUGCAGGAAGUCAAAGAAAAUCCUCCACCUAACCUGCCCCCUGGGGCCCUGGUGAUGUACCACGAACCUAAAUGGGCUGAAGGUGUCCCAGGCAACUUAGAGAUUAUUGCAGACUUGAGCUUGGAGGAGAUACUGAUUUACGUAGCAGAGAAGUGCCGUUUUCUCUUGAGGAAUGGUUAUUUUCCCAAGGAUAUUGCUGUGCUUUUCAGCAAAGCAGGUGAAGUGGAAAAAUAUAAAGACAAGCUUCUAACAGCAAUGAGGAAGAGGAAAAUGUCUCAGCUCAAUGAGGAAUCUGAUCCGUUACUGCAGAUCGGGGACGCGUCUGAUGUUCUGGCCGAUCACAUUGUGUUGGACAAUAUCCGUCGCUUUUCAGGCCUGGAAAGAAACAUCGUGUUUGGAAUCAAUCCAGGAGUAGCCCAGCCGGCUGGGGUCUACAAUCUUCUGCUCUGUUUGGCUUCUAGGGCAAAAAGACAUCUGUACAUUCUGAAGGCUUCUAUGUGAUAGGAGAACCCCAGGCUAAGAAACAAGUAAGUGGUUCUCAUCUCUAAUCAAAUCAUUUGAUCCAAACAUGUAAGCACACACUCACUUAUUAAGCCACGUACUCUUCUAGGUGCUGGGGAUUGAGGACGAAUCAAUGUAAGGUUUCUCCUUUAGGGCAGAGACAGACCACUGACAAGUACACAGAUAGACAAGGGGUUUCCCAUAGUAAUAAGGAAUAUCAGCAAUUAGAGGCCCCUGAGACUCAGAGAUGUGUGUGUGUGUGUGUGUGUGUGUGUGUGUGUGUGUGUAGGCAGAUGGAGGGAUGCGGUGGUUAUUUUGGGUGGUCAGGGAAGUGCUCAGGGAGGGAAGAAAGUGUCAUGAAAAGACCUGAGUGUGCCAGGCAGACUCAGAUGUCUUUGUUGUUUUUAACAUGGCCACGUGCGGAAACGCUUGAAUGGGAUGUGCAAGCAGAAUGUGAAGGAUGGAGCGGUGGCUCAUCUGGCCUUGUAGGGGCCAGGAACAGGCAAGACAUGUUUUGAAAUGUAAGAUCACGGGCUGUUUUUCGCAAGACCACAUGAUGUUACUUUAUUCUUUUCUGCUUUUGCUUUUAAUGGCAUUAGAUGGUUUUUGAUCACUAUAUUUUAAGAUACUUUUUGUAUGCCUUUUGGUUAUCUGGAAUCUGCUCCUUAGCUCUGCUUUUUUAUCCUUAUGGAGCAUCGUAGGUUACUACAUGAAGGGAAGACUGCCACAGCCCCCCAGGGAGGCACACUAUGUUUUAUUGAUUGAUUUUAAGAUGAUACAGGGCCUAGGAGGACGAAUGUAUUGGACUUGAAGGUUACAUUUUGUUUUUUCAUUUAAUUUAAUAACCAACAAAAUGACAAAAUCAGUUUAAUAUCGUACUUCUCCUAAGUCUUCAGGAUUUUAGCUAGUCUUUCAAAAGCCAUUGCUACAAAAGUGCAAAUUUUUCAUUUCCUGUGGGUCUCUAGAAAUUCUCUAAAUAUUUAAAGCCAACAAAUCCAUCUUUUCUGAGAGACAAAAACUAAAAAAUUCAAAGAGUUAAUUCUCUAUUCAAAACAGCAAGACCCUGCUAUUUCCCAAGAAUCAAGAAAUUUAAAAUUGUAAGAAGUAUGAACUUGAGGCUAGAAUUGGUUUAUUUCUGGCAGCUACCGACAAUAUUAAGAACUUUACUCUUUAAGACAAUUUCACAGGAAAGCAUGAAAUUAAUCUAUUGUAAAAUGUUUUUAUGACUAACUUGGAUUAUACUGCAAAUCACUAGUAAGUAGAGAUAUAUUUAAGAUAAAAUGAUUAAUAUAACAAGUGGUAAUUCUGAAUAAAGAUCUGAAUAAAUCCAGAUUACAGACUCUCCCUUUACCAAUAUGUAAAAGAAUGCACAAAAUUAGUAAAAAUAUAGCCCAAAAUUUACUGGCAACAGAGAAGCAAAGAAUGGAGUUUUAACCUUACACUAUAAACAUCUAACAGAUAUGUAUGAAAAUUUUAAAAAUAGAAUAGGUUGGGCACGGUGGCUCAUGCUUAUAAUUCCAAGACUUUAGGAGGCCAAGGUGGGAGGAUUAUUUGAGCCCAGGAGUUCAAAACCAGCUUGGGCAACAUAGUGAGACCCUGUCUCUCAAAAAUAAAUAAAUAAAUUUAGCUGGGAAUGAUGGUGAACACCUGGAGUCCCAUCUACUUAGAAGGCUGAGGCAGGAAGAUCACUUGAGCUCAGGAGUCUGAGGUUACAGUGAGCUGUGAUCCUGCCAGCGCACUCCAGCCUGGGUGACAGAGCAAGCCCCUGUCUCUAAAAAAUAAAUAAAUAAAAUAAAAAAUAGAAUUUAAAAGUUUUACAUAAAGGCAUAGCUACUAUCUCAUCUGCCCAGUGUAGUCAUGAAUAGAUGUCACAUAAAGAAAAGAAAACCAGAAUUCUUGUUAAUAUGACCAAUUUGAAGGGUGGUGGCGGAGGUAUUGAGCAGGCAGCUCAGGGAAACACCAGGUAGACACUAUAGCAUAGAAUUCCCUGACUGUCCCCAAGAACUCUCUGUAGAUACAGGAGGGAUUUUCCAGAAUUUCACAUGAAUUCAACAAAGGGGUCUGUGUCUUAUUCCUGCAUGCUUUGCCUCCUUCAUGGAAUUCAGCAGAUAUAAUGGAAUUUCCUAGGCAGCAAUCAAGAGUAGAAACCAGGUUAACAGCGAGGGCCUCAUCUCACACCAGAUCAGAUCAGGCUUCAGAAAAGUAGAUGGAAGACACUACCCAGGCCUCCAGCUAUACAAUGGAGAGGAAGCCAAACAAGUGUGUUUCUCUAAGAAAGUUGUCAAGGAGAGCCCUUCUAUGCCAUCUUAAAGUAAAAAGAAAGACUCUACCCAGCGACCCUCAUUAAGCAUUAGAAAGAUAAGUCGUCUGAUCAUUAGGCAGAAAGACAACAGGGAAAAAAUGUAAAAAAUAAACAUGGCAUAAACCAGAUGAAGAAUCCAUCCUGAAAGGAUGUAUAACUCAGGGGACAAAAGACAACUCACCAUAGGUCGGGCGCCGUGGCACACUUUGGGAGCCUCCCAGCACUUUGGGAGGCCAAGGCAGUUGUAUCACCUGAAGUCAGGAGUUUGUGACCAGCCUGGCCAACAUGGUGAAACCCUGUCUCUACUAAAAAUGCAAAAAUUAGCUGGGUGUGAUAGUGCACACCUGUAAUACCAGCUACUUGGGAGGCUGAGGCAUGAGAAUUGCUUGAACUCAGGAGGCAGAAGUUAUGGUGAGCCAAGAUCGCACCAUUGCACUCCAGCCUGGGUGACAGAGUGAGACCCUGUCUCAAAAAACAAACAAAAUCUCCCCAUAGAUGUCCAUGCCAUAGAAGAAUUUGAGAAGUCUAUAAAUUCAAUAAAGCAAGAGUUGAAAGCCUGUCCCACUACACCCAAGUUUUUCCUCUCUGAAUUGCAGACUAGAAACUCUAGGGUACUAAGCUGGGGCAGUCACAGAGGUGACCUCAUCUGUUUCCCACAUCCUACAUUACGACAGGGAUCAGGGAUCAGUAUCCUUCACUGACUGAUUUCCAAUAUCUUGAGGCCUAUUGUUUCAUCUAUUUUGUCUGAUUUUGCAGUUGUUUUAGAAGGGAAGAUAAAUAUGGUCCCGGUUCCUCUAUCUUGACCACAAGUGUCUAAGAAGACAGUGAAGCAAUAUGUGUAUAGUUCUUAAGGAAAUAAAUUCUGACCUAAAAAUAUUAAACUUAGUCAAAAUAUUAUUCUAGUACAAAGGCAGCACAUGGGUAUUUUUGAACAUAAAAGAGUCCUAGAAAUACAGGACUCAUGAAUCAUCCUUUAAGAAAAGUUACGCAGUAAGGAAAUCUAGAUAAGCAAAAAUAUGUGAAAAUAAAAUAUUAUUAUAAUUGGACCAAAAUGAAGCUUAAAUCCAUUCACGUAUAUAUAUAAUUAAGAUAUGUAGGAAUAAUAAUUACGGAAAAGAAUGUUACAAACCUUCACAAGGUAAAGAUAUUUUUAUAUCAGGUAGAUUCUUCUGUUUCAAUCUAUAAAACCAGGGUUUAGAUCAUUAAAAAAAACAAACAAAAGUAAUUUAUUGAAAUCAUUAGAGAGGACCUGAUAGAAUAAAAGGACAAACUGACCAAAUAGGCUUUAGAGGGGAGAGGUGCCUGAGAAGCUACAAGGACCUAGCCGGCAGGGGUGACUUGACCAUAGUCAUGUUUUUUACUUGAUUUAAGAAGGGUUAAAUUACAGUGAGAGACUUUCACUUGCCUAGUUUGCAUACUCAACUCUUCUCUAGCAUAGGGCAGGUUCCUUGGUUGAAUAAUUUCCACAAAACAUGAUGUAAAGUGGAAAGAUCACUUCCCCCAGAGAAUAUCAGUUACCAAAAUAGAAUGAAAGGAUGUUGGGUAGAUCAAAACAACAGAUGUGCAUUAUAGCAAUUAACUAAAGUUAGGGAGUGGGAAAGUUUGAGUGCCAAUAUGUAUUUCAAGACAACUUUAAAAAUGGCUCCAAACAUUUUAUGCUUUUUGCAAUUUAGUCAUUUUAAUAUUAGAAAAAUCUUCGUGUAACUAAAAGUUCUUGAGUUGAAGAAAUAUUCUGUAGUUCAGCUCUUCCUUCAAUUUGAUUACUUAAUUUUUAUUUUGUUCAAGCAAAAUAAAUAUAAAAAUAAUUUUAAAAUAGUAUGUAUCAUAUCAUUCCAUUUAACAUAACUCUAUCUAGCUGUUCCCGUGUUUUCUCUGCUAUAUUUUAAAGCUUUCUGGAAUAUUAUUAACCUUGAAUAUUUCUAGUUGAUGAACUUAUAAGUGAUUUGUUGUUUUCUUUUCUCUUUCAGUAUUGCUAGAAUUAAUUUUAUUGACUUUGCACCUUUGUAUAAAGACCUUGAAGGUCACAUGCUGAAAUCACCCUCUACUAAAACAAUCUUCUAGAAAUAAUAGAGAAAAUUUUAAAACAUUACCAUAUACAUAGCCAUCCUCACAAACAAGAAAAGCAUCUCUCCAUGGAUUAAAACCUAUGAGGCAUUUGUUCGUACAGGUAGGGAAGCGCUGGGUAAACUGCAGUAUACACUGAGGCUGGCACCACCACAGGCCAGGACAACUAUUGUCACAAAGCCAGGACAGACUCUCCCAACCAGAAAGUGUUGCCCUGAGGGGAGGCCAAAUCCAUUUUGCCCCCAGUUAGCGAGACCAAAGCCUAAAACUAAAAUACCCAUGCUUCAGGGUUCGUCGGUGUUGACACUGAUGGCAUUUUGGGCUGGACAGUCCUUUAUUGUGAGAGGCUUCCCUACACACUGUAGGAUGUUUAGCAGCGUUCUUGGCCCUACUCCCUAGAGGCCAGUAGCAACUCCACCAGCCUCCUUCCCCUACCCCAGGGUUGGAUGUCAGUUGUGACAACCAAAAAUAUCUCCAGACAUUGCCAAAUGUCCCUUGGAUGGCAAAAUCACCGCCACCAUACCUCUUUUGACUAAAAGAGUUUCCAGAACAGUAGCAGAAUAUAUAAGUCAAGCAUAACACAUUAUAGUCAAGAUUCAGAACAUCAAAGAUUCUUUUUGAUUCCUAAAAGAAAAAAGUUUAGAAAAUCUACAAAAAGAAGAGUGAAUUUGACAAUAACUAUUUCACUAGCAAGAUUAGAUGUAAGCAGAAUACAGGCAGCAACAUUGAACUUAGACUUCUCUCCCCAUACUAUCAUUCAGAGUAGAGAGCAAAAUAAAUAGAUUUUCUGACUGGAACAAGUGGGAAUAAUGUACUCACAUUAUUCAUCUUCAUGUAGGGAUGGGCUAUAAGUGAUUUUUAAAAAACUUCCUACUUGUCCCAAGUCAGAAAACCUAUUCAUAUAGGGAUGCGCUAUUAGCAAGCGUAUAUGAAUAAUGUACUCUAGCAAGAAAAAAAAAUGAACUGAGAAGAAAGUAGUGGUUUUGAGAAGGAAAGGUGAACAAAUAAAUUAGUGAAACAUAAGAUUAAGUCUAUACAUAUUAUUUUCUAAUUGCCUAGUAUGUCAGACUACAUCUAGUUAGAAAAUAAUGAUGAAAGAAAAAGCCAUAUUGUAAUUCCAACAAAAAGAUAAAAUAAUUAAGAAUAACUGCAACAAGAAAGUAUAAGCUCUUCAGGAAUAAAACUAUACAAUGAAACUAAAGAGCACAAAUAAGAACUUAGAUAAAAA